AUGUCUCAAGAUGGGCGCGAAGAGAAGCCGGAGGGCUUCUCUAAAUACCUCAAGCGUAUGAAGACCGUCCUCCGGCCUCGGUCAAUGUCCAAACGCCAAUCUAUCACUCCUGGGACAGCGGCUCCAGUCGAAACGACCGAACCAAAGGAAACAUCACCGGAGCCAGCUCCUGUACCGGCAUCAGCACCAGCACCUGCUCAAGCACCAGUAUCAGAACCAGCCCAGGAUCUCAGCACACCAGGACCAGUCAUGUACACCGAUUACAGAACAACCCAGAACGAAAAGGCCCGCGCCCUCUUCGCCAAAUACGGCUUGACUGUCGACUCCAGCGAAUGGAAGACACCCACCGACCUCCAGGUCACCCGUGUAACAAAGCCAAUUCGCAUGCGAGUGCGUCGCACCUGCCACCGCUGCGAAACAACCUUCGGCGCAGACAAAGUAUGCAUCAAUUGCCAGCACACUCGCUGCACAAAAUGUCCCCGAUACCCACCCGCCCGCAAUAAGGAUGGCGAACCGACCCGCAAGCCCAAGAUCCCAGACGCAUAUGCCCACGUCCCCAGACUGUUCCCUAGGACCUCGCACCUCAAGCUCAGCACCACCAAGGAAAUGUCAAUCAAGAUGCCGUCGCCCACAGGCGGCGCGGACUUCGUCCGGCGUCCGGUUCGCCAGCGCAUCCACCGCUACUGUCACCUCUGCGCCUCACUUUUCACCCCCGGCUCCAAGGAAUGUCCAAGCUGCAGCCAUGUCCGCUGCAAGAUUUGCCCGCGGGACCCGGCUAAACUCGAUAAAUACCCUGAUGGCUACGCGGGCGAUGCAGAUCCGCCCAAACCGAGGCCGGAGCGCACGUUCAAGAAACCUCGUCGCAGGAUCCAUUACGAAUGUCAUGUCUGUCAGACUUGGUUCCAGGGUAAUGUGGAAACUUGUUCGAAUUGUGGUCAGGCGAAGUGCGAUCUCACUAGACGAAUCCCGUACGUCAAACCGGAAACCAGUCCGGAGGUUCUCAAGAGCAUUGAAGAGAAACUAGCAGCUAUGGCACUUGAACAUCAAGUAGACGUUGUUGACGCGGCUUGA